CUUCUUCUUCUCUACUCUGCUUCUACUUUUGCUACUACUUCUACUACUUCUUCUACUACUUCUUCUUCUACUACUUCUUCUACUUCUACUUCACUUCUACUACACACCCAUGCAAACGUGCCCCUGCGCCACUGCUCAUAACCCGCAAGCCGCACACCUUCCCACAUCCCCCCCCAUCCUCGACCUCCCGCCCGAGAUCCUCCAAGAAAUCCUCUCGCUCGCCUACUCCGACGACAAAGACUCCCAUGGCAUCCCCGUCCACCUCACCCGCCGGCUUGCGCUGUUCAAGAAAAACAUCCUGCCCGUCUGCCGCCGGUUCUACGACCUAGGCCUGCACGCGCUCUACUCCCAUGUGCACAUUGGCCACCCGCGUGCGUUCGACGUCUUUCGCCACGAGCUCGCGAAAAAUCCUAAGCUUGGUGCUUAUGUCAAGUGUCUUGACUUCUCCGACUUCACAUCUAUCGGCCUCGGCCGGACCCGCAAGAUGAAUAGGGAGAUCCAGAUGGUCACCUGCGAGACCAUCACCGACGCCCUUCUUCAGAUGCCGAAUCUCCGCGAAUUUCUAGUCUCAGAGGCCCUCGAAGACGACCUCGGCAAGGACGUUCUACAGACCGUCUUCAACCGUCAAAAGUACCUCGAGGCGGUCGAUUUCUGCGGUGCGUCGUCCGACAGCUUUGUCUCGUCCAUGACAAGUCUCAAGCUCGAGCUCGGCUCAUUAGAGUAUCUCUCCCGCGUCGGAUUCCACGAGUGCGUGUCGCUCCCCGCGCAGGUGUAUGAACAUAUGCUCCCCCGCCUAGGACGUCUGGAGCGGCUUGAUCUGACGCACACGCAUGUGUCUGCGCGGGCGCUGAUGUCGAUUCCGGAGCGCGCGCGGAUUACGCACCUGUCGCUGGCGAAAUGCCGGAACGUGAGUCCGAAGGCGAUAGUCGGGCUGCUGACGACGCAUCCGGCGGUGACGAGCGGGUCGCUGGAGUGGCUCUCGCUGCAGUGGACCGAUCUGAGCGCGGAGGACUUGACGGCUGUGCUGGAGGGGUUGAAGCGGACGGCGCCGAAGCUGAGGUAUCUGAGUCUUUAUGGGCUGCCGGUGGAGGAGGCGCAUUUGGAGCAGAUUGGAGAGAGCGUGGAGGAGCUGUCGCUUGGGUUUGCGGAUGUCGAGAUUGAUAGUCUGAUUACGGCGUUUUCCGGGCGGGAGAAGCUGCGGUAUCUUGAUUUGACGGGCAACCCGCAUAUUACGCUGUGGACGGUGGGCGAUAUGCGUUUGCUACGGGGGAUUCCGUCGGUGCGGACGUGGGAGUUUGAUCUGACCAAGAUCCUGCUGAAGAUGACGGACGUGCGGUUGCCGGGGUAUACGGUGGUGAUCGGGCAGGGUAGGCGAGGAUGGAUAUUCCGGGGGGAGAAGAACAAGGAUGCGCUGAACGUGGAGCACCACUGCGCGUCGCCGGAGGUUCGGAGUGCGCAUUACUGCCAGCAUGUGCUGGGGAUGGACAUGGGGUCUACGGAGGCGUGGGCGGGCGCGAGCAGGAAGAUUGAUUGCAGCGGGGUGCAGUAUGGGGGAGGGUUGGAGAGGGGGAUAUAUCUAUAUUAUGCGUAUCGGAUUCGGUGAUGGUGUUAUGUUGUUAUGUCAUGAGUAUGCAUUAGUAUCAAUAUCAGUUAUAUAUCAAGUCUAAUCUUUAAUACAAGCAGUUUAAUACAUACA